AUAAGAACCCCAGGCCCUCGAGGGGGCGUGAACAAUACCCUCGGUCAAGAUCCCGUGUCUCGGUGCAAUGCUCCCCCGAGUCUGGAAACACUAACAGCUUCCCAAAGGGGCAAAAUCCCUCUCACCGGGCACUUAGUCAUCGGACUCGUGGGAAACGAAUCGUGCGAUCCCGAUUGGCAGAACCCAGUGAUUUGUGGAGAAUCUUUAGUGUUUUGCGGGGUUAGUUACCGAUUGAUGCCUCAGGCCUUAACUAGUUUGUCGCUUCCCUUCGCGCAGAUGUUGAUUCUUUCAGUGUUCCUUUCCCUCUGUAACCUACGCCCUAGACUCGGGUCUUUUGGACAGCAUCUAAGUGUUUAACUUGAUUCUUCAGGGACUUCUUCGGCUUUCGGACCGAACUAAAUUCACCACCGAUACGGGUCCCUGUCACGAUGCAGUAGGGGUUUGACCGCAGAUCUGUCUAAAACGCCGACCUCGCUACAGUACCAUGCCGAACGCUGCUGCACCCGCAGUCUCUGCGCAGCAGACUCCACCGAUAACACGCGCCUUUGGAGACCAGGACAGAGAUCAGAGCGCAGAUGAAUCCUGGUCUGCUGUUGAUAGCGAUAACGACCUUGUCACUCAAAAUGGAAGUGCGUCUCGCUCGCUGAAACGCAAGCGUCCUCUCACAGUGUCAUGCGAGCUGUGUAAGCAACGGAAGGUCAAAUGUGAUCGAGCUCAACCAAGCUGCGGAUGGUGCGCUCGUAAUGGUCAGUUAUGCGAGUACAAAGAACGAAAGAAACCAGGCCUUCGAGCUGGAUAUGGUAAAGAAUUAGAACAACGUUUGGACAGGCUAGAGGAAGUUAUUCAGACCCAGGCCCGCCUCAUUGAAAAUCAUAUCCUACAGAGCCAACCUCGGCUAAAUCAUGAGUUUCCUCACCCUGGCCCCCAUUCUUAUAGUUCGCCGUCAGAGCCUUCUGCUGCUCAUGGGCCAAGUCCUCGAAAUGCAGCUUACUUUCAUGAGCCAGCAUCUGCGCCAGCUCAUCCACGUCCGUCUGACGCGUCUAUCACUAGUCCUUCGGACAUUUCCGUCAGGAAUGUGAUGCAAAGCCAUCUAACAAGUGGCCUUAACCCGCCUAUACCCAUCCCACAAGUUUCUGACACCACACACCCGAAUGAUUACACCGGGAAUGAAUCAUCAUUGAAGGUGCCAGUCAAUUUGUUCUCCAAUCAGGAACAGUCAUUUGCGGACCCAGAACUCGAUCUCCCACCGUACGAUCUGUUAUACGCGCUGGUCGACCUUUACUUCGACCACAUCAAUUCGUGGUGUCCUAUUCUUCAUCGACGUACGACUUUAGAUACCUUCUUCGGCCCAUCCCCUCUUGAGGAAGCUGAUCGCAUGGUUCUGUAUGCAAUCGUUGCAACUACUCUCCGCUUUUCGAGUGACAGUAGGCUCAACGAGCAAAAUCGGAAACGAUACCAUGAUUCAUCUAAGCAGAAAGUCUUGCUCUAUGGCUUAGAGAACUCCUCGGUCAAGGCGCUUCAGGCCCUAGUUAUAUUAGCUUUGGACUUAGUGGGCUCCUCCAAUGGGCCUCCCGGGUGGAAACUGCUCGCCCUGAUUACGCGAUCCGUGGUCCAGUUGGGCUUGGCUGUUGAAUCCAAAUCCUCACUUAUAGCACCCGUUUACCCCUCUAUCUAUACCCUAAGAGCGGUGACUCUUCCUGACUCAGAGUCUUGGGUCGAAGACGAAGGCAGGCGCAGACUGUUCUGGAUGGUAUAUUUUUUGGACCGAUAUUCGACCCUCGCAACUGCCUUUGAUUUUGCACUGGACGACAAAGAUAUCGACCGCAAGCUCCCAUGCAAGGACGAAUUUUUCAUGAAAAACCAGCCUGUCGAAACCAGAUGGUUCCACCAUUCGGGCGACCGUGCUGAUUACCUCAAGCGCGCCGAAAAUGUCGGCUCCUUCGGCCUUUACGUGGAGAUUCUCGGCAUCAUGUCCCGUAUUCAUACCUUCUUGAAAAGGCCUGUGGACAUCGGCGCUUUAUCGGACGUCGAAGAGUGGCAAGCAACAUAUCGUAAGUUGGAUGGCGAGUUAACUGCAUGGGAGUUUGGUCUUCCAGCCGAAUAUGCCUACGAAAACUCAUCUAGGUUGUUCAAUGGCUUGAAAUCAAACAAAGGCCUCCCUUGUGACUGGGUUCAACUCCAUGCCACAUAUCAAACUGCGGUAAUCAGACUCCACUCAUCGGCUGCAUACCCGACUACUCGAUCCCCGAUAUUCACGCCGUCAUACAGUGCCAGCCAGCGUUGCUUAUUCGCAGUCGAAAACAUACUCUCUGUGACUCGAUUCGUUGUAGAUAACAAUAUGCUCGACAAGCUUGGGCCACCUUUUGCCUUUACUCUCUGGGUCUCUGCGCGCUUACUGCUUGUCCACGGCUCUACGAUCGCCCAUACUGUGAGCCCGGAUAUAAUCUUCUUUGUUGAUACACUCGCUCAGAUGGGAAAGUACUGGAAGGUCGCCGAACGCUAUAGCACAAUCUUACAGCGUGUCCUUGACGAGUACGGCGAAUAUCAACAGUCCGGUGUUGAAGAUUCCGAGCGUCUAACGCCAUCCAGCGUGAAGAUCCUCGCAGAUAUGAGACGCUGUGCUUUUGACCUGGACUUCUUGAUAUCCCGACAGCCACGCUCGUCGCCUGCCGGAAGCCAACCCACAGUGCAAACACCCGGUGCACAUCCGCGGAACCUUGCACCAAAUGAAUUGGAAUAUCUUGAUGUUUUCGGGUUCUUCAAUGUGCCCCGAGUACCUGCUGCCAGAGCUCCCGAUAUUACUGGUCUUGAUAUAAACGAGACGGUCAACAACCCUAUGUCAAUCAAUGGUCUAACUGGGUCUGUUGUGGAUGGUGCCGCGCCAAAUGCUAAUGAAUUUAACAUCACGAACUAUUUGAUUCCGACCCCGGAGACGGACUGGUUAUUCCGCUCAGAAGGAUAAUACCCGCCAAACGUUUUCGGAUAUUACCUGCUCCGCCCUCUAAAGGUCAAGGAGGGCUCUUUCGUUCCAGGUUGAAUCGCAGACCAGCAUGUGUGACAGAUUAAAGUCUGUACCCAGAUCGUCCGGCUCACCUCAUUGGACAACAAUCUUUGUCGAGUGUUACAACACAGCUGCAAGUGAGGAAGAGACCUUUCGGCCGAAUGCAAAUGCUGUCGAGGUCUUUGUGAUGCUAAGGCACUGUGGACCAGCCAUUGGUUUGAAGCUGGACCAGACCCCAAAACAUGGUUCGGUCUGAUGGGAGAUGCACUCAAGUUACACUGAAUUCUACUCCUCUCACCACCUUUCUGCCUGUCUGAUCGUGCAGCUUGCCACCGCGCGCGAGCAUAUAUAUCGUUAUAUAGCUACAUAUACGAUACGGGUCAUUGCGGCCUUUGGGGAUAUUGCUACCACAUUGUUACUCUCUUAGAACGUGGUUAAUCAUCCAGGGCACUGAUAUCCUCGAGUUUGUGCGGGGAAAGUAUGUAUGAUCAUAUUCUGGAGCUUUGAGCAUUUCAAGCACAUGUACAAUAAUAGAAAG